GGCGUCUGUGCUGGUUCUGCCCUGACACCAUGUCACCCUGCCCAGUUCAUCAGGUGGUCAAGUGUGGGCAAAUGCCGGAAAGGCUCGGUGCGAAUCGGACUUAAAGGAAAGGCCGACUAGGCGCGGCAAGGGUCUUGGGGUGUGGCAAAGGGCGCAGCCGCUUGCCAUCGGCAACCUUGCACUGUUACAGUCGGCAUUUGGCUCCACGAGAGCUCAAAUGCUGGGACACCAGUUUGACUGGCAGCUCGGCGCCGAUACAAGGAGCAGGGGAUGGGCGCCCAGGCGGGCGGGCUGUUGCUCCGCAUGGCAAAGCUGCCCAGACGCUGAAAUGCUAUCUGGUCAGGAUUGACAGCCCGUUUGGGGCGGGAGCAGAAUAGCGGGCUGGUGAGUCUGACCAGCCCUGAUGGCACCCCUGUCCAUCCCUCUAGUUCGGGCGCCCCCUUUUGGGCAAGUUGAUGACCGCACGAUGAACGACCCGACCCCGACUCCGAGCCCGAGGCCGACCCCGACGCGUCCCUCUGGAUCCCACCUGCAAGCGCAAAGGGACAUUAUUAAUCGUGCCGGUUUCCCCCAUCGCCGUUAUGGUGCUUAUUAGUAGUGGCGUCGAUGGUGUUUUCCAUUGCCGUUGCGUCUCCCUUUCUUCCCUUCCUUCCUUUUUACUCUCCCUUCCCCCUUUGGCCCCUGCUCGGUUUGCCCGCCGCCGUAGUUGUCAUCUAACACCGUCCACAUCGCAUAAUCAGCCUGAACCCGAGCCCACUUUGCUCGAUACCUGCAUUCGAUAUUUUUGCAGUCGGACUGGUGGUACUUAUACAUACCUCAAGAUUGAUAUCCAAUCUUACGCUGGCACACCCACCCACACGUCUAACUGUCCGGGGGUACCUCGGGAGGCGGUUUGGGUCAGACAAGCGUCACUCGGCCUUCUUCGGCGGGAGCAAGGCCGGCGUGCUGGUGAAUACCCGUGGUCCAGCUGUCUGCAGUACUAGCUGCGACCAACAACAGGAUGGGGAGUGGGCUACCAACACCACCGCGGGAGGACGUUACCAAAGCAUAUAGCGUCAGGAAAACCGCGGCAGUAUCCAAGUCGGCAAAGGCAGCUCAGCGGAGUUCAAAACGUGGUUCCAUCAGGGUGCAUCUACCAGUACCCUCCAGCCAUGUAUCGUCGCUCGACCCACAGUCGGCGGCAGCAACUUCACAGUCUUCGGCAGACGCAAGACACAAGAGGGUAUGGAAAGCCUGCGAGAGGUGUCGGAUGAAGAAGACAAAGUGCGACGGCGAGUUUCCCUGCAAAAGGUGCAAGGAUGACGGACUCGUCUGCACGGCCGGCCUGCGGCGCAAGGCUGAGUACAAGAACAUACCACGGGGCUACGCCGAGGUGCUGGAGAACACGCAGUUCGCCCUCGUGGCGACCAUUCACAAGCUCUACGCCAUGGUCCGCGAGUCGCGGGCCUGGGACCUGGGUGAGCCCGAACUCAACGACAGGGGCCAGGCAGUCAUCCACGACAUCGCCUCGCGGCUGAGCUGCAUCCGGCCCAACAGCGACGUCGACCACGUGCCCGUCCAGGCCGCCUUCCCGGAGGACGAGGCCGGGCUGGCCGACCUGAUAGCGACGCUCCAGACGCAACAGCAACAGGAACAGCAACAGGCCGCCGGCUCGUCGCGGGCGGACCGGGCGAGCUCGUGCGAGAUGGAUACGUCGGACCUAGAGCACGACUAUAGGAAGAUGGCGUUUGGCGGCGGCGCGGCCAACGCGCCCUCGUCGUCGGCGGGCGCGGCGUCGCCGCAGAGCCUCUACACCGACCUGGACGCCAGGCCGGACUCGGCCGCGAGCUUCUCCCCGCACUCCCCCGCCCUCGGCCCGGGCGCCUCCGGCCUGUCUUACGAGCCGUGGGGCAGCGCGGGCGGCGGCAUGCCGGCGCGGCCCGACAUCAGCAUAGCAGACGUGGUGGGGGUCGGCGCGAUCGACGACUUCCACGACAGUUUCCUCCAGCGCGCCGACGCGCAGUUUAUGGACGAGGACCUGCUGCGCCAGGGGCUGCUCGAGUCCGAGUUUGGGAUCCUGAAGCCGCACGCGCCAUCGUGCGCCAACCCGGCGGCUAUGAUGGGGUUGGGAGACCCGAUGAUGUUUUCGGGAUAUGACCCAGAGACGUUGCGCAUGUGAGGGUCUGGCAUGCCUAGAAGCGAUCAGGAUCACUGCGAUGUGAGGAAAGAUCUUGUAGAUACCUAACUCCAACCAUUCAUGAUAGAACAUCUGCGUUACGACACAUGCGCAUCUGCCCGAUAGGGAGUAGGCUAUGCGAAGGGACAUGCACUCACACACGGCCAAGCCCCAUUGAGAACUCGCCAGCUCUCGCGAUACGUUGUGAAGUAAACCAUCGCCAUAUGGGGCGGAU